AUGGGGGACCAUCUCCAUUUCAUCUUUUUGUUUCUUCUGCUGGAAUCGUUUACAGGUGUUUCAGCCGUCGUUGAUUUUACCUGUAUCACCAAGCCGCGUAUUGAUAUCGACAGUGACGACACCUACAUCGCAGCCUAUCUACAUGGCAGUGAUGCUGAGCUGUCUUUCGCUCGAACGACGUUCACGCGUACUGGCACGGAUACUGACAACCCACCAGCAAAGUUGGAGUUACCGUCGAACAGAAGUUUGGAAACACCCCAGUCAUCAGAGGGAGAUCAGAUCUCUAUUCUUCGAUUGCCAGCGGAUGGAGGGAAGACUAGGAUUGGGGCCUUUGCUUGUAAAGCCACCAGGGAUGACAUCAACAUUGGUACCGUCAUCAUGAGCAAAAACGCUGACUUCCUCCCUACCCGAGUGAGUCAGACGGUAUACCCGGGCGAUGCAGUCAAUCUGACCGUCACUGCAAGAGACCCGGCCCGUGCAAACACCCGUUGGAGAAAGGACGGCGGUGCAGUCCACCCGGACAGAAACGACCAUCUGUACUUUGACUUCAACAAUACCGCUUUUUCAAACGGUGGGGUUUACGAGGUCCAUCUUGCUAGGGAACGUAGCCAAGGAAACCAGGCACUCAUGCGGUUAAUUGUCAGAGCGGUAGGCAUCAACCGUUUUGGCCAAUCGGGAAGUUUUCGCUGCGACUCACCUGAGUUAGGAGGCGGUCCUACGUGUGCAGGGAUGCUGUUCUGUUUAACAGAUCCUUAUGGCUGCUCGUGUGCUGCAGGAUACCAAGGAAUCGACUGCAAUGAAAGAUGUCUUACCACGCCCAGCUACGCGACCACGCAAGGGUAA